GCAACAGGCGCGCGACGACGUGUCCCGCGUCCACACCGUACCAACGCCACUCCCGCUGCCGCCCGCCCACGCUUCGCUGCUUUUCUCCACACGCCACGCCGGCCGUCCUGCCCAUCCUCUGCUCUCUAUCUCACUUCCUCUCUCUCAGCCUCUCUCCGCCAAGAUCGUGCUCAAUGGCAUCAGCGGUAGGGGGCGGCAUUGACGGAGCAGCGGGGACGACCAAGAAGAAGAAGAGAAUCUCCGACUGCCUCGUCGACAGCGACGGCGGAGACGAGGUGGCGGUGGACGCCGCCAUGCCGCCCUCGCCGCCUUCCCCCGGGACGCCGCGGCUGCGCAUCCCGAUGUUCACCUGCGCGCGGCUCCGGUUCGUCAGGCUCGGCAGGAAAGGCGGCGGCGGGCGGAAGGAUCAGGUCGCCGCCGAGAAGAGCGAGGCCGCGUCGACCGACUCCUCAGCAGCAGGAUGGAAAGCGGCGACCAGCGGUGCGUCAUCGACGGAAGCGGCCGGCAUGGGGCUGAGCCUGCUGUUCCUCCUCGCCAAGACCUGCGUCGAGCUAAACAAGAUGGCCGAGGUGCGCGCUGAGAUGGAGGGGCUCCUACGGGAGAUGAGGGACCAGCUGGUGGUCAGGACGACGAAGGUCGCCACGACGACUGAUUCGCCGUGCCAGUGCCACGCUUCGUCCAGUACGCGCACGGACGGCCAAGGCGCCGGCGCCACCUCUUCAUCUUCUCCCGAACCGGCGCGUCGCCGCCAUUUCCGUCGUGAUAGGCGUGCUGGACGGAAACGAAGAGACGGGCCGUUCUACGCGCUGACAGGAAACCGGCUGUUCGACCUCGACCGAGAGCCGUGUGGCCAUGCUGCCGCCUCCUCGUCUGCCAUGGAGACCGCGAGCGGCGCGAGCGAGACGUCGUCUGAAGUGGAGAACCCUACGAGCUCGAUGGCCGUGGAUGUCGCUGGGGCGCAGUUGCAGCUCAACUGCCGCACCGAGCAAGGAACACCCGAGUCGUCGGACGGGGAGUCGUUCAUCGAGCUGGACGGGGGAUUCGGAGCUGGAGCCGGGAGAGGCGGCUACAGUGCGAGGCGAAGGCGAGAUUCAGAGGAUGGACACGAGGAGGAGGAGCGCGGUGACGAGGGAGUGCCGGCAGUGGAGCUGGAGAGGCGGCUGCAGGAGCUCCUGCACCGGAGGAGCCGGGAGCGGAUCGAGGAGCUGGAGGCGUCGCUGAGGCGCGCGGAGAGAAAGGUCAUGGAGAAGGAGAUGGAGGCGCGGCUGUGGAAGGACACCGCGAAGCUGGCGCUGCAGCCGGGCACGCGCGGCGGUACGGGGCAGUGAUCAAUAUCGACCGUACGUAGUACGUACCUCGUGCGACAGUGAGUAGUGAAUCCGGUGCAUUUCCGAAUCUAGGCGAGUGCCCGAACGUGCUCUGUACAUGCUGCACACGUGCACGGGUAAACGGGAAAAGCUUAGGUCCAGCUGACUCCUGGCUGAUGAUGUAUAUACUUGGUGCUGGCGGGUAUACUGCAGAAAGAUCUUUUAAAGAACUUUUUGUUUAGUUCAGCUAAGUGCUGAUCGACAGUUACUUUUUUUUACUUUAGCUUAUGUGAUGUGACAUAAUGUGUAUCACUGGAGACAUGUUGGGUUUGCAAGUCU